CCCUCUCCAUCCGCGCGCAAAGCAGCAGCCCGCGUGGAUGCUGCGUCUGAGCUCCUCAGCGCGCAGCUCAGCGAGGGGGUCUUUCAUCCCAUCGCAUCUAAAUCCCAAAUAUCGCCUCUUUUGAUUUACACUUUCAAGAAUAACGGCGUAUGUUUCUAUCAUCAGUAAACAAACAAGUUGUGUCUUUUUGGUGCAUGGUGUUCGGCACUGCCAUCCUAACGCGAUGUCUUCAUCAUUCGUAUUUUCCUCUGCGGAACCUGAGCAUAACCAGGCAACGACUGCACUAUUUUAGGAUCCAAAUUGCCAUCAUCAGUAAAAUACCCGACAGAAAUCAUUUGGCCUAAAGGAUCACACGGUAGCAAGCAAUAGGUGAUUUCUAUCGCCUACGAUUCCUAUAUUUUCUUUAUUUGUCUGGGGCAGAAAUUGGGAAUCUCCUUUUGCCCACCAAACCGCGUCGGUGUCCUUGGAGCAUGGCCUGAUCGGUCUAUAAAAAUGGUCACCUUUCCUUGGGAUCAACUAUAGCUGCCAAGCUCGUAAAACUGCUGCAUUGAAGCCCAGCGCGCAAAAAUACUGGUCUCUGUCAAAUGUGGUGCAUCAUUAUUGAUAGGCAUUAUUAUUCAGCAAAGACAAACUGUGGCCGUUUGUCCUUCUAAACAGAUAUCCUAGAAAAGAAGGGUCUUGGAUUUUUCAUUCCUCCCUGCAUCAUUUCUCUUUGUUCCAUUUUUGGAAACAGAACAUCGGGAAGCUGCUUGAGAGCAGGAGGAUUUUUCAUGACAAAUAUCUCUACUUCACCACGCUGUAUCUUCUGAAAUCUGACCCCUCUACACACCACUGUCUUCUCAUCAUUCACCUCUGUUCCUACUUUGUCUCCAUGGAUCGGGAACGCCGUGAUCCCUCGUUCUGUUGACCCUCUGGUGGAGGGGGUAGAGUGGAGCGGGCAGGUUUAGUUUUUCUUUGCAUUCAGAAAGUGUUUUCCCCUCACUCUACCUGUUUCCUCUUUCAAUGGAGAGUUAGUUGGCCAGUCACUAAUUUGGGAGGGAGAAGAGAGGGGACAAAACAUCAAGCCACACCAAAAGCAAACCACAUUUAGAACAAAAACUUCACAAUUUAACCUCUCUCCAUCCAGAGCUACUGAGACAGAGUCUCAGUGAGUUCAGUAGAUCUGGACAGGAAGAUACAAGUGGCGUCAUAAGCUGAAGAGUUGGCAAUGUCAACGACAGCUACCAUAGGCGAUAUGGCGAACAGUGGGGUGGAAUUCUAUCCAAAGCGGAGUGGAGGAAUGGAGGCUAACCACUCAGACAAUUUUGGGGUAACUUUGGAGGAGCUUCGGUCUCUGAUGGAGCUGAGAGGAGCAGAAGCCCUGCAGAAGAUUCAGGAAACCUACGGAGACACUGAGGGCCUCUGCCACAGACUCAAGUCUUCCACCACAGAUGGUUUGUCCAAUAAUCCGGUGGACUUGGAGAAACGAGCUCAGACGUUUGGACAAAACUUCAUUCCCCCAAAGAAAGCCAAGACCUUUUUGCAGCUGGUGUGGGAGGCACUUCAGGAUGUCACCCUCAUCAUCUUGGAGAUAGCAGCCAUCAUCUCUCUUGGCCUGUCCUUCUACCAGCCCCCAGGGGAGGAGAGUGAGGCCUGCGGGAAUGUGUCAUCUGGUGCAGAGGAUGAGGGUGAAGCGGAGGCAGGCUGGAUUGAGGGUGCUGCCAUCUUACUUUCAGUCAUCUGCGUGGUGCUGGUGACAGCCUUCAACGACUGGAGCAAGGAGAAGCAGUUCCGCGGGCUGCAGAGCCGCAUUGAACAGGAGCAGCGCUUCGCUGUGGUGCGCAGCGGGAAUGUCAUCCAGAUCCCCGUGGCUGACAUGGUGGUGGGCGACAUGGCCCAGGUCAAAUAUGGUGAUCUGCUGCCUACUGAUGGCAUUCUAAUUCAGGGCAAUGAUCUGAAGAUUGAUGAGAGCUCCCUUACUGGAGAGUCAGAUCAUGUACGCAAGUCAGUGGACAAGGACCCUAUGCUUCUCUCUGGCACCCACGUGAUGGAAGGAUCAGGAAGGAUGUUAGUGACAGCAGUUGGAGUAAACUCUCAGUCUGGAAUCAUUUUCACACUGCUAGGGGCUGGAGAGGGAGAAGAGGAGAAGAAAGAGAAGAAAGGCAAGCAGCCAGAGGCCACAGUGGAGACCAAUCAAAAUAAAGCCAAGAAGCAGGAUGGAGCAGUUGCCAUGGAAAUGCAGCCGUUGAAGAGUGCGGAAGGUGGAGAGGUAGAGGAAAGGGAGAAAAAGAAAGCCAAUGUGCCAAAGAAGGAGAAAUCCGUUCUACAGGGCAAACUUACCAAACUGGCUGUGCAGAUUGGUAAAGCAGGUCUGGUUAUGUCAGCUAUCACAGUGAUUAUUUUGGUGCUCUACUUCGUGAUUGAGACAUUUGUGGUAGAAGGGCGGAGCUGGCUCCCUGAGUGCACACCAGUCUAUGUGCAGUACUUUGUCAAGUUCUUCAUCAUUGGAGUUACCGUGUUGGUGGUGGCGGUGCCUGAGGGUCUCCCCCUUGCUGUCACCAUUUCUCUAGCUUACUCAGUGAAGAAAAUGAUGAAGGACAACAACCUGGUGCGCCAUUUGGAUGCAUGUGAGACAAUGGGCAAUGCCACUGCCAUUUGCUCAGACAAGACUGGUACUCUGACUACCAACCGCAUGACUGUGGUACAGGCCUAUUUUAAUGACCAGCACUUCCGCGAGAUCCCUGAACCCAAUCAGAUCAACUCCAACACCCUGGAUCUGAUUGUUAAUGCCAUUUCUAUCAACAGCGCCUAUACCUCCAAGAUCAUGCCUCCUGAUGUGGAAGGUGGCCUGCCUAAGCAGGUGGGAAAUAAGACAGAGUGUGGAUUGCUGGGCUUUGUGCUGGACCUGAAGCGAGACUAUGCACCCGUCCGUGAACAGAUCCCAGAGGAGAAGCUCUACAAGGUCUACACCUUUAAUUCUGUCCGCAAGUCCAUGAGCACCGUGGUGCAGCUUCCAGAUGGAAACUUUCGUCUCUACAGCAAAGGAGCCUCUGAAAUUCUUCUGAAAAAGUGUUCAUCCAUUAUAGGAGCAGGGGGUGAAGUGCGAAGCUUCAGGCCAAGGGACCGAGAUGAGAUGGUGAAGAAAGUGAUUGAGCCAAUGGCGUGUGAAGGCCUGCGCACCAUCUGCAUUGCCUAUCGUGAUCUUCCUGGCGACCCGGAACCGGAGUGGGACAAUGAGGCUGAUAUUGUUACUGACCACACAUGCAUUGCUGUUGUUGGAAUUGAGGAUCCUGUGAGGCCUGAGGUCCCUGAAGCUAUCCGAAAAUGCCAGAGAGCAGGUAUCACUGUGCGCAUGGUCACUGGUGACAAUAUCAACACAGCACGAGCCAUCGCUGCCAAAUGUGGGAUCAUUCAGCCAGGUGAUGACUUCUUGUGUAUAGAUGGCAAGGACUUCAAUCGAAGAAUCAGGAAUGAGAAAGGAGAGAUUGAGCAGGAGAGGAUUGAUAAGGUCUGGCCCAAACUAAGAGUCCUGGCCCGAUCCUCACCUACUGACAAACACACUCUUGUUAAAGGCAUCAUUGAUAGCACUGUGCUGGAGCAGAGGCAGGUGGUGGCAGUAACUGGUGAUGGGACCAAUGAUGGACCAGCUCUUAAGAAAGCUGAUGUCGGCUUUGCCAUGGGCAUAGCUGGAACUGAUGUAGCUAAAGAGGCAUCAGAUAUCAUCCUGACUGAUGAUAAUUUCAGUAGCAUUGUGAAGGCAGUCAUGUGGGGUCGGAAUGUCUAUGACAGCAUCUCAAAAUUCCUGCAGUUUCAGUUAACUGUCAAUGUGGUGGCCGUCAUAGUGGCCUUCACCGGUGCCUGUAUUACACAGGACUCUCCUCUGAAAGCAGUGCAAAUGCUAUGGGUGAACCUGAUUAUGGACACAUUUGCAUCGCUUGCCCUGGCCACUGAGCCACCCACUGAAGCCUUGCUAUUGAGAAAACCCUAUGGCCGUAACAACCCUCUCAUCUCCCUCACCAUGAUGAAGAACAUCCUGGGGCAUGGCGUCUAUCAGCUUGUUAUCAUCUUCACUCUGCUCUUUGUUGGAGAAAAGAUCUUUAACAUUGACAGCGGGCGCAAUGCUCCACUGCACUCGCCUCCCACAGAGCACUACACAAUCAUCUUCAACACCUUUGUCCUCAUGCAGCUUUUCAAUGAGAUCAAUGCUCGCAAGAUUCAUGGAGAAAGGAAUGUGUUUGAUGGCAUCUUUGGUAACCCUAUCUUCUGCAGCAUCGUGCUGGGCACCUUCGGCGUGCAGAUUAUUAUAGUGCAGUUUGGAGGUAAGCCCUUUAGCUGUGCCCCUCUCAACAUGGAGCAGUGGCUGUGGUGCCUCUUUGUCGGAGUUGGAGAGCUUCUGUGGGGUCAGGUUAUUGCCACAGUCCCCACCAGUCAUCUGAAGUGUCUGAAAGAGGCAGGUACAGGGCCAGGCACAGAUGAGAUGACUGAGGAUGAGCUGGCUGAAGAUGAGGAGGAGAUUGACCAUGCUGAAAGAGAGCUACGCAGAGGCCAGAUCCUCUGGUUCAGAGGCCUCAACCGCAUCCAGACUCAGAUGCGGGUGGUGAAAGCGUUCCGUAGCUCCCUCUAUGACGGCAUUGAGAAGCCUGAGUCCAGGAACUCCAUCCACAACUUCAUGGCACAUCCCGAGUUUCUCAUCAAUGACUUCAUGCACAACAUCCCGCUGAUCGACGACACAGAUAUUGACGAUGAGUCGGAGCUGUCCAAGCACAACCAUCACCAUCUGCACCCGGCCUUCCGCAAGCCACCUCCUCCCCCAGUCCAACGAUCCCGUCCCCCACCACGUCCUUAUCGCCAGUACAGCCUCCCAGCCACACCUAACCGCAACAACAAUGCUAAUCAGAGCAGCGUGUACCACCUGACCCAACCCACAGAACAUAUCGCACACUGGACCACCCAUUCCCGACAGAUGUGCCCCCUUCUCAGCCUGGAGACUUCACUAUGACUGCCUGCACUCCAGAGUAAGGGCACUUGAUGGACUUUGGAUACAGAGCAGAGACAAGACAACCAUUGCUUCAUUUGCAUAUCCGUGAUAUGAUGGGGAACUCCUGGGGACACUGUAUUGAUCUGCUCAACCUUCCAACAACUCACAAAAUCUACCCAUUUUCUCUGACCACCACAAAUUGCUGUCCCUGAAACAGUCUCAUAAGUCUCCCUGGUUUUACAGCUUCACACAUGCACUGCCUCCUCUCACUGUACUGAGAGGAGUUCGGUGUAUUGUGCAUCUGUGGUAACUGACACAAGGGUAGGAAGGUGAGCAACACUGAAAUGGUUUAUUUUCAAGUAAAAAAACUGCUGAUAUCUUAAAAUGUAAGGAUAGAUAUGAUUCUAAGGGGAGUAGGAUGUCAUGCCAGAUAGGAUGUUUAAAGGUAAAAUCAUAUCUGUGACUUGGCUUUCCAGAGUACAAAGGUAUUACAUGAAGGCAGAGUAUGAGGUCAAAUCACACCACUUUUUAUUAUUAUUAUAAAUUAUUAUUAUUAUUAUUAUUAUUAUUAUUAUUAUUAUUAUUAUUAUUAUUAUGAUUAUUAUUACCAUC